CUUCAACCCAUCUGUAUCCCACCGCCCAAUUUCCGGCCCACGAGCAUCCCCUCCCCCUCUUCCCUCCCCCGGACCUCCGACCUCCGACCUCGCGAUGUCAUCAAGCACGGGCGCCAACGCCACGGGCACGGGGAGCACGGGGGGCUCAGCGAAGUUCCGCGAACACAGUCACGGGCGACAAGACCGCGAGUACACUGUGGAGCAGAAAGCGGCCGUGGAGCGGAUCCGGCGCUGCGGCGCAACAAAAUUCUACGAGAUCUUGGCGGUCGAGAAGGUUGCCAGCGACUCGCAGAUAAAGAAGGCUUACCAUAAAUUGUCGCUGGCUACACACCCGGACAAGAAUGGGGCUCCCGGCGCGGAUGAGGCUUUUAAAUUGGUUGCGAAAGCGUUCCAGGUUCUCUCCGACCCGCAGAAACGGCAGAUCUUCGACCAAACCGGCUCGGACCCGGACUCACGAGGCGGCGGAGGUGGCGGUGGAGGCGGAGGUGGAGGCGGCGGCAUGGGUGGGUUCCCCGCUGGAUUUGGCGGCGCACGGGGCACGCCAUUCGGCGGCUUCCAAGGCCCCGAGAUCUCACCCGAGGAUCUAUUCAACAUGUUCUUCAGCGGCGGCGGAAUGGGGGGCGGAGGGGGCGGCGGCAUUUUCGGCGACGGUGCCGGCUUCACAUUCGGCGGCCCCGGGAUCCGCGUGCACCAGUUCGGCGGCGGCGGCCCACGGAUGCGACGGCGAGCACCACCGGCGCAGCACGCGGCCGCCGACGGCGAGGCAGCGCAGCCGGCAAAUCUCACGCGCAUGUUCUGGCAGCUGCUACCGCUGAUACUGUUCUUCCUGCUGCCGCUGCUGAGCGGGCUGUUCGGCGGCGAUGGCGGCGAGUCCCUGCGCGGCCCCAAGUUCUCGCUCGAGAGAACCCCGCCCUACACCAGCAUGCGCUCCACACCUAACCACCACAUCCCCUUCUGGGUCAACCCCGCGGAUAUCGACGGCAUGGCUAUGCGCGACGUCACGAAGCUGGGCAUGCGCGCAGAAGCUGCCAUAAUCAAUAAGUACAAUGUCGGCUGCAACCGCGAGGAGCUCCUAAGGCAGCAGGAGAUACAGGACGCGCACGGGUUCUUCACUACCGAUCGCGAGGCUAUCAAGAGGGCGAAGGAUAAGGUGCUCCCCAAUUGCAGGAAAUUGGAGCAGUUGGGUUUGCCCAGGAAACGGCAAUAUUAGUGGACGGAGUGGGAGGCGGAAGGGGGAUGGGUUAGUAAUGUUGUAUGUGCCGAUUGAUUGAUGGGUGGCGUUGUAUGAACUUCUUUUUAUGCUUCUUUUUCUCCUUUUUCUUCUUCUUCUCCUUCUCCUUCUCCUCCUUCUUCUUCUUCUUCUUCUUCUUCUUCUUCUUGCUUAUUGCUUAUUGCUUAUCCUGUUUGUCGUCGAGUUUUU